UAUGUUAUAGAGGAAUCGAGCAUAUCAAAGAGGAAUAAGAUCUUCGAGUAUGGACUAGAAAUAUUUUUAUGCAUUAUUAUAUUUUUUAUAAUUUUAAUAGAAAUAGCUUAGAUAUAAAUUCCUAUAAUUAUUAGCUAAUGCAUUAAUAAAAUUAGUAUUUGUUUAUAUGAGUAAUCCUUAAUUUAAACCCAAUCCUUAACCUCUAUAAUUCAAGCAGCCGUAAUAACAAAAUUUUUAAUUUGCUUUACCUAAAUAUGAAACAAUUACAAUUGAUGCAAAAACAUACAAGAAAUUUCAACCUCCAUUGGGUGAAGGAUCAGAAGGAAUUGUUUAUAAGGGAUAAAAUGUUUAAACUAAUGAACCUGUGGCUAUUAAAGAAUACAAAUAAAUUAAUGCAAAUGAAUUAAAAGCAAUUCAAGCAAUUUAGAGAUAUAAGUUCAAUAAAAUUAUAGGAAUAAUAGGUGUACAGUUGAAACCAAAUGGUUUACCAAUUGUUGUUAUGGAAUUUGCUCAUGGAGAAUUCUACUAAUAUAUGUAAACUCCCUAAUAUACAAGUCUGAGUUAUGAUUAAAAAAAUGCUUUUUUUGUUUAGGUAAUUAAAUAAGAUUAUUUUUUAGAUGCUUAAAGCGCUUUAAUAGCUUCAUCAAUUAAAAUUAUUUCACAGAGAUAUGAAACCUGAAAACUUUGUGUAUUUUAAAGGUCCGAACAAUAAAAUAACAAUUAAAUUGAUAGAUUUUGGGUUAGUCAGUGCUAUUGGAAAUGGGGAAUAUACUGCUAAAGUUGGAACACCGUAUUAUAUGGCUCCAGAGGUUUUACCAAACUUUAAUGAAGUUAUAAAUAAACAUCAAUAUGAUAAAUCAGUAGAUAUAUGGUCUUUGGGAGCAAUUUGGUAUGAGCUUUUGACUAAUGAGACAUUCUUUCAAGGUAAUAAAUAAUUAAAAACUAUUAGGUAAUUCUUAAGAAGAAAUUUUUUUUUAAAUUAAGACCAUUAAAUAAGAUGAGAUUGAUAGAAAAAUUUAGAAUAAUAAUAAAAUUGGAACAAAAGAAAAGAAUAACAUGAAAAUUAUGCUUAAUAUAGAUCCUUAAGUAAGAUUAUCAAAAAAUGUUCUUAUAGAAUAUAUAAAAGAAAUUAGAGAUAUGUUUGAAACUUUUAUUUAAGAAAAACUGAAAAUUAUCAAAUAAGAUUUUGAGAAAAAGUUGGAAGCUAAAAAAAGUAAAUUUGAUGAGGAUUUUCAUUAAUUCAAGUCAAAAGAAUUAGGCGAAGUAAAAAUAAAGAAAUAACAAUAAUUUAAAUAAACAUUAAAAUUAUUAAAAUCGAUUGAAAAUAAAUCAGAAAAAAAAAAAAUAAAGCUAGCAUUUUAAAUAAAAAAUUAAGAGAAAUAGAUAAAUAUAGAGAAUCAAAUCGAAAGGAAAUUGUAAGAAUAUGGUUAAUAAAUUGAUGAUAAGUUAAAAAAUGUGGAGUUUCUAAAGUAAAUGUUAGAAGAAAUGGAUGAAAAGGAAUAGAAUUUUUUAUUAAAUUUUGAUAAUAAUCUGAUGCAUGUCCAAGAAUAGGAUGAAAAUCCUUUCUUAAUGUAGUAGGAAAUCUAGUGUUAAGAAGAAAUGGAACAAUAUAAAAAGCAAAAAGAUGAAGAGCUAAAUAAAUACUUUUAAAGAUUUAUUUAGCAGGAAAAAGAAAAAAUAAUUGAGUUUAUCAAUGAAUCUGUUGAAUUAUACUAAUUAUUUAUCGAAGAAUUAAGAUAGAGUAUUGUAUAGGAGAUUGAAUCUUGGAAAUAUUAAGAAAAAGAAAAAGAAAGAUUAAUAUAAGAACUAGAAAUUGAAAAAAAAAGGUAAGAAAAAGAAAAAUAAAUAGAAUUUUAAUAAUUAGAAGAAAAAAAAUAAUUAUACAUCAUUUAAUUGGAAUCUAUCUAAACUCCAAUUUAGGGUAUCAUUUCAUACCUAACUGAAAAAGAACAAAUAAUUAAUAAAAUUAAUUUAUAGGAUAAAAAAAAAUCUGAAUUAUUAACAUAUAUUAAUGAUGAGAUAAAAAAAUUUGAAGAGAUUUUCUUAAAAAAUGAAAAUAGAAAAAAAUUGAUAUUAUAAGCACAGACAUAAUAGAUGCUUAAGGAAUAUAGUGAACUAGCUAAAGAAAAUGAAUAAUAUUUAAUACACUAAAAGUAGAUAAUUGAAAAAAUAACAUUAGAAUAAGGUUAACUUGGAUAAUAGUUAAAAGAUAAAGAAAAGUUCGAUUUAUAAGAAGAGAAAAAGAAAAUGGAAUUAGAAUAGAAAUUGAAAAUAGAAUAAGAGUAAAAAUAAAAAAAGGAGGUAGAAAAAGCAUCAUAUCAAUCUUUAUUAACAUAAUUUCAAAAAUAAUGUGAAAACUAUUCUCUACAGAUUUAAUAAAUUUCAGAAAAAUUAACCUUUUAUUAAAGAAUAUAAGUUUAAAUUUAAAAAGAAGAGGAAAUUCAAAAUGCGAUUAAAUAUCAUUAACAAAUAACCUAAGAUAUAUAAAAUGUAGAAUUUUAGGAAAAAUUAAUUUAGAAAUGUGAAUCAUUACAAUAAUAAAUUUCGACUUAUCAGUCAUGUAUUAGCUAGCUUAAAGAAAUUUAAUAGGCUUAAAUUAGACUCAAUAGUUAAAUUGGAUAGGCAAAUAAAUGUAUUUAAUAAAUUGAGAUAGAAUAUUUGGAUUAACAUAAGUAAUAAAUUGAGGAAUUAAACGAUAAAUUAAUUGAUUAUUAGGAUAAAUAUAAGUAUUUACCUCAGAAUUAAAAAUAUAAAAAUUAAAUAACUUAAAUAAUUAAUCAGAUAGGACAAACGUUUGGUUACUUAGAUGAUCUAAAAUUAUUGUUAACUUAAGGGACAUUUGUAGCUUAUUAAAAAUACACUCAAAUAAAUUAAUAGUUAGAGCAAUCAUUAAAGAGCUUUGAAAAAUAAUAUUAUUAAAUUCAUGAAUAAAUUUACAAGGAUUUGUAAUUUGAUGAAAAAAAUGAAGAAAAAGUUAAAAAACUAGAAAUGACAAAAGAUUAAUUAAAUAAUUUUAUUAUAAAAAUGAAUUAAUUAAAAGAUUAAGUUAAAAAUUUAAUCAGUAAUCAAUAUUGCAAUAAUUAAAAAACAUAGAAUUUAAUUUAAAUUAAGCUAACAAAUAUCGAUUAAAAUAUAAUGGAAUAAUAAGUGAAAUUUGAUAAAUUUACUGAAUUGAAUUAAUUAGAUUCUUGUGAAAAUAUUAUUCACUAAAUAAAAUAAUUAGAAGAAUUUUCCAGCAAAUUAAAGGAAGUUGAAGUUAAUGAAAUUGAAUAAAUCAACGAGUUAGAGUUAAUAAUUAAAAAUGUAGGAGAAGAAAGCAAAUAAAAAAGUGAUCAAGAAAAAGAAAUUCUUACUUUAAAUAAUCAAUUAUCAACAAGGUUUAGAGAAUACACAACAGCUAUAUAAUCAAUCAAAUUUUCAUUUGAAAAUCUUGAAAUUUAUAAAAAAAUUAAUUAAUAAACAGACAAUCUCAAAUUAGAAUUAAAUAAUGAAAUAUAAACUUUGAAUGAUUAUAUAUCGAUUUAAUCUGAAAAUAUGCAAAUAUUAGAAGAAGAAUUGAAAAAUAAGUAAAAAAAAAAAGGAAAAACAUUAGAAUAUGAAAUUUAAAUCAAGAAAUAUCAACAAAUUAGUAAUUAAAAAGGUUAGAUUUUAGAGCAGAUUACUAAUAAAGUAACUUAAAAAACAAAACAAUUAACAUUUUGCUUUAUGGAUUAGAUAUUAAUAAAUAAUUAUGAAUAGUUAAAAAUGUAAGAAGUAUAAUUAUCAAUCAACUUAACUUCAAUCAACUAAAAGAUAUUUAAUUAAUAAUUAAACCCCUAAUAGUUAAAUGAAUUAAAAGAAUAUAUUCUAAAGGUCUAUAAUGAGAUUGAUGAAUUAAUGAAGAAAAUUCCAAUGGAGGAUUAAAUUAAAGAAUUCAAUAAAGCUUAUCAAUAAAAUUUAGAAUCAUACGAGAAAGUGUAUACAUUAAUCAAUUAUAUAAAAUAAUAUCAUUUAACACGAUAUUAUGAAAGAAUCAAAGACAAUGCAAAUUUCAAGAAAAAAUAGAAUAACAAAGAAAGUGAUUACUAAAAGUAAUUUUAAUCUAAAUUAACCAUUGAAGAAGAAGAAAACACGAAAAGAGAGAAAGAAGCUUAGGAUAUAUUUUUAAGAUAUGAACAUGUGUUAUUUAAAUAUUACAAUAAAAUGACAAUAGAUGUGAUGGAAAAAAAUAAAGAAUCAAUAGAAAAACAGUUGGUCGAAGUAGAAAAUUUAAUUAAAUAAAGAAACUUAGUGAAAAUAAGAUCUAAAAUGAAAGAUUAAACAAAAAUAAAAGAAAUCAUGAAUAUCAAAUAAUAUUAUAAAAUAUCUGAGUUUACAUAAGGACAUAUAUUAAAAGCAUUAAGAUCUGAUGAUUAUAAUAAAAAUUGAUUGUGAUUAAUCAUAAAAUUAUAUUUAGAUAUUAAAC